AUGGCGACAGCGGUAGAAGUGAAAGACGAAUUAAGUGAGUUAUUGACAUGUCCCAUAUGUUUAGAAACUUUCCGUGAUCCAAAAUACCUCCCGUGUCUUCAUACCUUUUGUGAAUCAUGCAUUUCUACGUACAUUAUUUCGUCAGUUACAAAAGAAAAAGACCAAAGUGGGUUUAAGUGUCCGGUUUGUCGAAAGUUGAUUUCACUCCAUGAAAACCCUGGUGUUCCAGGGACAUGGGCAGAGCAACUGCCAAUAAACCAUCUCAUAACAUCGAUGAUGGACCUAAAAGACAUAAACAGAUUGGAGAAGGUGUGUAACGCAUGUCAGUUGAGUAAUGCAUCGAAAAAUGCCGUGUCUUGGUGUACAGUAUGUUGCGAGGCAUAUUGUACAGAGUGUACUAACUAUCAUAGAAAGUUUCGAAUGACAUUAAAUCAUAAAAUAAUUUCUAUCGAAGAACUGAAAUCUUCUGAAGGAGUAUUUGGUAAAUCAGGGGUCGUUUUUUGUGAUGAACAUCCUGAUAAGGCCAUUGAAGUAUUUUGUGAUGACCAUUCCAAACCAUGCUGUACAUUAUGUGCAACAAUUAAUCACAGAAAAUGUGAAAGCGUUACUACCAUUGAUAAGGCUACUGCCGGUAUCAAAACAGCAACCAAAACCACGGAACUUUAUCAGAAAUUGGAGACAUUCGGUGAGGAAAUUGAUAGUUCUCUUCAAAUCAAUGAACACAACAAGACUGCCAUUGAAACCGAAAGUAUCAACAUCAUAUCAGAGAUUGACAGAUUAAAAAGUAACAUUAUCAAACACUUAUCCAGAAUGGAAAAUGAAAUAAAAAUCGAAUUAUCAACAAAAAAGGGAGAAAUUUUGAAAGCCAUAGAAAAUGAUGCCAUAGAACUGACGAGUCUGAAAUGCACGAUUGAUAACUGGAAAAGGAUCAUGGACACUUGCAUUAAACAUGGAUCGGAACUCCAAUGUUUGACAGAAGUAAACACGCUCGUAACAAAGAGAGACGAAAUUGAAAACCGUAUCAAAGAUACAAUGUCUAAGUUAAAAACAAAGUCUUUGAUAUUCAAGCCAAUUGAUUCCGUCAAAAACUUUGAAAAUAGUGAAAAUGCAUUCGGUAGCUUAACUAUAUCCGGGUCAAUGGUGCAUAUGCCGUCCGUUGAUAUACAAACGGGAAAAAUAGAAGUUGUUCACGUUUUUGAUGUUGCUAAUGGACAGUCACGAUUUUCGUUUGGAAGUGGUAUUUUCCUUUGUAAUUCCAUAUUAUUAACAAACAAGCCAUCGUUCAGAGUUGUUAAAUUCAAUCGAGAAUUUGUCUACCAAAGUGAAUUGAAGUUACCAUAUGGGCCAUCCGAUAUUACAAAAAUAGACGAUUCUAAAGUUGCUGUCGGAGCGAAACCACAGAUCAUCAUUAUAGACGUGAAAAACAUGCAAAUAGAAAAAACUUUAACAUUAAAUGUUACGUUUUGGGGGCUUACGUAUGUUUAUCCGGAAUACAUAGUGGCGCAUAGUAAAUCUUUAACGUGGAUAGAUGCAUCUAGCGGUUCAGAUAAAAAGGAUUUCAAGACAGAUGGCAAUAGCAACUAUUUGCACGCAUCUAGACAAAAUGAAUUCAUAUGCGCAUAUAAUAUCAAUACUGUUUGUAAAUAUGUAGACGGGAACGCUAAAUUCACCUACACAACUGAUCAAUUAAUCCAUCCAAGAGGAAUAGAUGUCGACUAUGAAGGGAAUAUUUAUAUUUGUGGAUUCGGCUCAAAAAAUAUUCACCAACUCACAAAAGACGGUAAAUUAGUGCAAAUGAUACCAGCUAGUACAUUUGGAAUAUCUAGCCCAUGGAAUAUACAGUUUGAAAUAAACAGUAAUAGAUUUCUAUUGACAGAUUAUGACUCAGGGAAGAUUGUCCUCUGUAAAAUUUGUUAAGCAUAGACAAGUAAAUAUUCUUUGCGAUGAUACCUACAUUGGGAAAUCUAGUAUAAAAGAGAGAAAAAAUACCUUUUCUUAUGCUAGAGUCGAGAAAAUAAAUAAUCAAGCAAUGCCGGUAACAACACUGAACAAAAGUUUUUUUCAAAAUAACAAUUGAACAUUUUAAAGAAAUUAUUUGUUAAACUGUGCUAUUAGAAAUAUACAUGUAUAUACA